AUGAAGCUUUACAUUUGUCUGCUGGCCACAUUGGGAGUGUGCAAUGCCACGUUUCUGUCGCUAUUCGGCGGCGGCGGCGGCGGUGGCAACACCAAGACAACAACAUAUGACAUCAUAGCUGCGCCACAUGGCGGCGCUGGACAUGCACAUGUUGGCGGUGGUGGUCAUGCGCAUAUUGCUGGUCAUGCUGCUGGCCCACAAGUGAUUAAGAUUAUCUUGGAAAAUGGCGCAGCUGCUCCGCAGUACGUGCAUCACUCAGCUGCUGGCUAUGGUGCUGGCCAACAACAGGUGUACAAGAUCAUUGAGCAGAGUGCUCCAGUGGUGCCUGUUGCGCCCAUUGCUUAUCAUGCCGCUGGUCAUGCUCAAUCCUAUGCCGCUGGUCACGCUCAAUCCUAUGCUGCUGGUCAUGGCUAUGGCGGCGGUCACUCGCAGUCGCAGCUGAACGCCAUUUUGCCACAGAUUAUUCAGCUGGUGCUGCAGGAGGAUGCUUAUGGUCGCGGCGCUGGCGGCGGCGGCGGCUAUGGCAAUGUAGCUGCCAUCAAUGGCCAGCUCAUCGAUACCUUUGGCCACAAGGGCAAUGCCAUCAUUAUGCGUGCGGAUCAAGCGCAGGGCGCGUUCUUCAAGAGCGGUCAUGUCGUGCAGCGUGGCACGCUUAAGGUGAUGCGCGUGCAGCAGCAACAGCAACAG